UAGAUAAGAAGGAUCUGAAGGACUUCCCAUGGGCGUAAGGGAAAUCGCACACGCCAUCCGGGGAAGAGGACCAGGAAAUCACUUCUUGUUUUUCAAACAGCAGCGAGCCUCUCACGGAUGGCGCUGUGAGGCUUGGAGGAGCACCACGGGCAGGGGAGGCGCGGGAGAGAGGGGAGGCCGAGCUCGGCACCCAGCUGCCAGUCCUGCCCGAGCCCUCACAAUGAAUCCUGCUCGGCUUUGCCUUCAUCGGGUGUAGGUUUCCUUGAAGACUGCGGGGCAAAUGGCCUCAUAGUGGAAACCUGGAUGGUUUUAGUCGUCUGAUCAGAGCAGAAGCCAGCCUGGGGACGGCGGUGCUGGACAGGCAAAGCAACUCAAUCCUAAAGAAAUGAAAUCCCCAAGGAGAACCACAUUGUGCUUCAUGCUUAUUGUGAUUUAUUUUUCCCAAGCUACACUGAACUUGAAUUUAGAAUCUAUUGUUCAUCCUUUGAUUCUCCAUGAACAUGAACUAACAGAGAAGGAGCCACUAAGGGAAAAACGAGCAGUUGCCUCCAGCAGCCCAGUACCUGCAGAGUACACUGUUGAUGUGGAGAUCAGUUUUGAAAAUGCCUCCUUCCUGGAGCCUAUCAAAGCUUAUGUGAACAGCCUCAGUUUCCCAAUUCCAGGGAACAGCACAGACCUGGCCACCAACAUUUUAAGCAUUGAGGUGACAACAGUCUGCAGACCUGCUGGAAAUGAAAUCUGGUGCUCCUGUGAGACGGGCUAUAGGUGGCCUCAGGAGAAGUGCCUCCACAAUCCCACUUGUCAAGAGCAUGACAGCUCCCUUGCAGGGCAUCGUUGCAGUUGCCUGAAAGGACUACCUCCCAAGGGACCUUUUUGCCAGCUCCAGGGAGAUGUUACUUUAAGAAUGUCAGUCAGACUCAAUGUGGGCUUUCAAGAGGACCUCAAGAAUUCUUCCUCUGCUCUCUAUAGGUCCUACAAGACUGACCUGGAAACAGCGUUCUGGAAAGGUUACAGUACUUUACCAGGCUUCAAAUUGGUGACUGUGACAGGGUUCAGGCCCGGAAGUGUGGUUGUGACAUAUGAGGUGAAGACUACAACACCAUCACCUCAAUUGAUGCAUAAAGCAAAUGAGCAAGUGAUGCAGAACCUGAAUCAGACCUACAGAAUGGACUACAGUUCCUUUCAAGCCGUUACUAGCAAUGAAACUAAGUUCACCAUCAUACCAGAAAUCAUUUUUGAAGGGGAUACGGUAAACAUGAUGUGUGAAACCGACGUUUUGUCCUCUAACGUGUCCUGGCACCAUGUUGAAAGGCACUCUGACAUCCAGAACAGCAGCAGAUUCUCAGUUUACACCACCGUGCUGAACAACAUGACCUCAGUCUCCCGCCUCACGAUUUACAACAUCACCCAGCGGGAUGCAGGUGAAUAUAUUUGCAAGCUGACAUUAGAUAUUUUUGAAUAUGAGUCCAGAAAAAAAAUAGAUGUCACGCCCAUCCGAAUUCUGGCAACUGAAGAAAUGAAGGUGACGUGCGACAACAAUCCUAUAUCUUUGAACUGCUGCAGUGAGAUUAAUGCUAACUGGAGCACAAUAGAAUGGAAGCAGGAGGGGAAAAUAAACAUUCCAGGCAACCCUGAAACUGACCUAGAGUCCAGCUGCAGCAGAUACACCCUCAAGGCAGAUGGAACCCAGUGUCCGAGUGGGUCGGCUGGAACCACGGGCAUCUUUGUGUGUGAGUUCAUCAGCACCUACGGAGCCAGAGGCAGUAAGAGCAUAGAAGUGACGUUCAUCUCUGUGGCCAACCUAACAAUAACCCCGGACCCAAUUUCUGUUUCUGAGGGACAAAACUUUUCCAUAAAGUGCAUCAGCGAUGUGAGUAACUAUGAUGAGGUAUACUGGAACACGUCUGCUGGAAUUAAAAUAUACCAAAAGUUUUAUACCACGAGGAGGUUUUCUGAUGGAGCAGAGUCAGUGCUGACAGUGAAGACUGUGACCCGGGAGUGGAACGGAACCUAUCACUGCAUAUUUAGAUACAAGAAUUCAUACAGUGUCGUAAUGAAAGAUGUGACCGUUUACCCACUGCCUCUAGAGCCAAACAUCAUGGUUGAUCCUCUGGAGGCUACAGUUCCCUGCAAGGGUUCCCAUCACUUCAGAUGCUGCAUUGACGAGGAUGAGAACUACAGAGUGACUUUCCAAGUGGAUUCCUUAUCCUUUCCUGCAGAAAAAGAAGUUAAUGGCAAGCAAGUGUGCUACAAAUACAAGUUCAUGGCAAGGACAUCAGUUUCCUGGUGUCUAAAAAAGCUGGACAUAUUUUGUCACUUUACCAAUGCUGCUAAUAAUUCAGUCCGGAGCCCAUCUAUGAAGCUUAAUGUGGUUCCUGGAAAGAACAUCAUGUGCCGAGAUCCCGUAAUAGGUGUUGGGGAGCCUGGAAAAGUCAUCCAGAAACUCUGCCAUUUCUCAAAAGUACCAAACAUCUCUGGAGGUCCUACUGGAGGGAUCAUAACUUACAAAUGUGUAGGCUCCCAAUGGGAGGUGAAGAAAAAUGACUGCAUCUCUGCCCCAAUAAAUAGUCUGCUCCAGCUGGCCAAGGCUUUGACCAAGAGCCCCACUCAGGAUAAGAAGCUCCCAACAUACCUAAAGGAUCUUUCUAUUAGCACAGGCAAGGUAAAACAUGAAGUCAGCUCAUUUCCUGGGAGCCUGGGAGCCAUCGUUAACAUCCUUGAUUUGCUUUCAACAGUUACAACCCAAGUGAAUUCAGAGAUGAUGAUGAACGUUCUCUCUACGGUUAACACUGUCCUCAGCAAGCCCAUGUUGAGUACCUGGAAGGUGUCCCAACAGCAACAGACCAACCAGAGCUCACAGCUACUGGAUUCAGUAGAAAGAUUUUCCCGAGCAUUACAGACAGAAGAUAGCACCUUUUUAUCCAUCAACCAAACUAACGUGCAGAUGAGGAGCAUGGUAAUAAAAACUGGCCAUCCAAAAACCUACAAACAGAGCUUUGUUUUCUCAGACUUGGACCUCUGGGGCAAUGUGGCCAUUGACAAGUGCGAGGUGGGAAGCCUGCAGCAAGAUUCAUCUAUUGUCACCGUGGCUUUCCCAACUCUCCAAACCAUCCUCACUCAGGAUGUUCAAGGAAAGAAUUUUGCCAACAGCUUAGUGAUGACAACCACUGUUAGCCACAACAUAACCAUGCCAUUUAGGAUUUCAAUGACUUUUAAGAACAUCAAUCCUUCAGGUGGGGUACCACAAUGUGUCUACUGGAAUUUCAACCUCGCCAACCACACAGGGGGUUGGGAUAGUAGUGGGUGUUAUGUGCACAAUGUCGAUGGGGACAGUGUCUCCUGCAUCUGUGACCACCUAACAUCAUUCUCCAUCCUCAUGUCCCCCGACUCUCCGUACCCUGGUUCCCUCCUGGGAAUACUACUGGAUAUCAUUUCCUACAUUGGGUUAUGCUUUUCCAUCUUGAGCUUAGCAGCCUGUCUAGUGGUGGAAGCUGUGGUGUGGAAAUCAGUGACCAAGAAUCGGACUUCCUAUAUGCGCCACACCUGCAUAGUGAACAUUGCAGCCUCUCUUCUGGUUGCUGACAUCUGGUUCAUUGUAGCUGCUGCCAUCCACGACCAUUUUUACCCACUCAAUGAGACAGCCUGUGUGGCCGCCACCUUUUUCAUCCACUUCUUCUACCUCAGCGUCUUUUUCUGGAUGCUGACUCUGGGCCUCAUGCUCUUCUACCGCCUGGUUUUCAUCCUGCAUGACACAAGCAAGUCCAUUCAGAAGACUAUUGCAUUUUCUCUUGGCUAUGGCUGCCCUCUUGUCAUCUCAGUCAUCACAGUGGGGGCCACCCAACCCCAAGAAGUCUACACCAGGAAGAAUGCCUGCUGGCUCAACUGGGAGGAUACCAAGGCCCUGCUGGCCUUUGUCAUCCCAGCACUGAUCAUCGUGGUGGUGAACAUGACCAUCACGGUUGUGGUCAUCUCCAAGAUCCUGAGACCCUCCAUUGGAGACAAGCCAAGCAAGCAGGAGAAGAGUAGCUUGUUUCAGAUCAGCAAGAGCAUUGGGGUCCUAACACCACUCUUGGGGCUCACCUGGGGUUUUGGUCUUGCCACUGUGUUCCAAGGAAGCAAUGCUGUGUUCCAUAUUAUAUUUACACUCCUCAAUGCCUUUCAGGGAUUAUUCAUUUUGCUCUUUGGAUGCCUCUGGGAUCAGAAGGUACAGGAAGCCUUACUAAAGAAGUUUUCACUGUCAAGAUGGUCUUCUCAGCACUCAAAGUCAACAUCCCUAGGUUCAUCUACACCAGUAUUUUCUAUGAGUUCUCCAAUAUCAAGAAGAUUUAACAAUUUAUUUGGAAAAACAGGAACGUACAAUGUUUCCACCCCAGAAACAACCAGCUCAUCCCUGGAAAACACAUCCAGUGCUUACUCCUUGCUGAACUAAGAACAGGAAAAUCUACCCACGUGACUUCUUAAAGGACAGCGGAUAUGCUCUGAAAAAAAAAAAAAAUCCUUUCAAAGCCAUGGGUAAAAUGUUUCCUCCGCAGGCUUCCUGGAGCAAAUGCUGAAGAGACUUUUGCAUUAGGGAAAAGAAGCUUCCUUUUGUAAAGACAGACUAAAAGUCAUUGUUAAGUUUAUUUGCUGCCCCACCCCCACCCCUUGUGUGAUACUAUACAUGUACAGUAUUUAAGUGAAAUUCAAGCCCCCAGAGGCCCAACGCCCCUGUCUAUAUUGUAAAAUAGAAAUUCAAAGAGACAUUUCUACUUUUCACAUGUUGGGCACAAGCAUAAGCUUUGAUUAAAAUAAUAAGCAUGAGGCUAGGACCUAGGAAAUACUUCAGUGAACUCUAAGAAGGAAAGAAGAAAAGAAGGAAACAGGAAAAAAGGGAAAAAAUAGAGAAAAACAAUCAAGAGCCACAGUUUAAAAUUUCCAUGUUAACUUAAUUAUUCUGAUACUGUAACAUGGAGAAUACAAAAGUGACUCAAAAACGGAAACUGAAAUGAGCCAUGGAGAAAGUUUGGUAUCUUCCUGGUAUUUUCUUAGCUAGGAGAGAAAAAUUAAAAAAAAAAAAAAAAAAAAAGGCACCGGGAAGAGAUAGGGAGGAAAUUCUAACAUUGGGAUGCUUUCAAGUGAAUAAUAAUAUUUUCAAGGGAUGCAUGGAAGGAGACGUAAUUCUCCUGAUGCUAAACACACACACAUAUGCUGGUGCAUGUUAAGGUUUGAGCUCAGUGGACGGAGCAAGCAGAGGAAGUGGGAUAGCCGUGCUUUAUCAGAUCCAAGCAGAUCCAACUGCUAGUUACAUUUUUUACCGUUUUUUGGAGCAGCCUUACAUUUUGGUCUGAUCCACUUUUUGAAGGCAAAAAAUAUCUAUUUUUAUAUCCAUCACUUGCCAAAUGUGACAUAUUGUGAUAUAAAUGUGAUAUAUUGCACUGAAAACAGAUCCUGACUGUCGUAUAUUAUAUUUAACAGCUUUAACCAGGUACUUCUCUGUGCAUCAUAGAAUAGAUUUUAAUAAUCUUAUGGCAUUGUUUAUCAUUGUGGUUGCUACUGUGGAUUUAGGGGCCCUUGGUGUCUGGUAUAGCCCUUACGUUCCAAGUCCAAUAUACAUUAAGAGUUUUGUACUGUCUAAUUUGUGUUUGUUCCAACCACUCGGAAAUCUUCUGGAAUGAAAUUUUAUGGUUGGCUACUCUCUGCUCCCAGUGAUGCUUUACCUUGAUGAGCAGAUGGUGGAGUUUCCCCCAAGGAUUUGAUUAUUUGUGAAUUAUGUCCAAAUGUGUGUGUGUGUUUCUUUUGGUGUGUGCAUUUCAUAAAAAUACAAAUAUUUAUUAAAAUUGCAUCCAUAUUAAAGUUAAGCAUGUGAUGUAGCCACAGCAACCAUACAUUCCAAAUUGAAGUCUGAUCCCAGAGAGACAGUGAAGCAGAAUAAAAAUGUGGGGCUACUCGGGAAAUGGGGGCCAUGUGGUCUUCAAAAGAACUGAGAACCAGAACAGAUCUAAACAUCAGGAAGGUAGGACAAAGGAGGCUGUGAUGUAGCAACCUUUUAUUUAUUAAGUUUCAAAAGAGUUUCCUUUUAAUAUUUUAACUCCUUCACCUCUCUUCUUUUUAUCUUUAAUUUUAUAUUCUACUUCUGCCUCUCUUCUUCAGGGGGCGAAGCAAGUGGGGCAAGUAGAAGUCCUCAUAAUGUUGCAAGUAAAUAAGCUCUUCGUUUCUACAUGUUCACAAAUGAUGUAGACAUCUACUCCCACACUUUCUGGAAAUUGUCACAAAAGGAAAUGAUUAAGCUAUAAAAUUCUCCAGGGAUGGUCACCUCUGGGCAGAACUCAGUACGGAGGAGACAGAGCCAGAAGCUAGGCUAGAGGUCAAUGGAAUGAGAAUUAGAAGUUGGAGAGAGAAUGGCCCGGAGUAAUCUCAGGAAUAACGGAGGCAGGGUUAUAUAGCACAAUGUGUGAGCCCGACCAUCCUGACAUGAUCAGCCAAAGAAGGCAUGGCACCCAGGAGGAGCUCAAAAACACAAUGGGGCAAGAAACACUGAACUUCCACCCACGAAGGGAUCCUACGGGAAUCAUUGUGCUGUGAGGGGAACCUCUAUAAUGGCAGGAACCUUCGCAGAGUUCAUAGGAUGUGGAUUUGGCCCUUUGCCCAUGUGCAUUAACUGACACAUGUUCCCUUACCCCCAACACACACACAUGCACACACGCGUGCGCACAUACUUUGUAGCUUUCAAGCUACAACACCAGAUCCAAAUUCCAGAACACCUACGAAAACAAAAACUUAGAGACAUUCUUACUGGUUUUCUGCUCAACUGCAGGAUACAUAGCUCUACCACUGCCGUUUGCCAAGAAUAUCCUAAAAUAAUAGAAUUCAAAACUGUAAAAGAGAGCAGUCCAUGAGUCCGUGAGCUUUGUGAAAGCAGGAGUCCUGUCUAGUCCUGUGUUCAUUAGUUCACAAUCAACAGUGAUUGCAAAGCUUUCAGCCAGCAGAUUUCUAAGGAAGAGGAAGAAGGAAUGUCGGCUCUGAUGUUGGUACAAAGUGAGCUGUGUGGUCUGCUCUGCUUGCAACGUGCCCAAUGCCUCCUCAUGUUCCGGACCCCUCUUGGUGAACAAAGUCAGUUCCAAGGGCCAAAAUUUACUUGCAUUAAAAGGCUUUCUAUUAAGUCAAUUUCUUGCAAAAGUGCUUAUGCUUCAGAGGUUGUGAGGUUAAAGCAUUCACAAAUGUGCAAUUAAAAUAAACUACAGAAAUAUUCUUUGGGAAUAUUGUUAAGUCCCGUGUAACAGGUCAUGUCUUGAAGUAGUCAUGUGUCUACCAUCCUCCUCCCUACUUCUUACAUAUGGAGAAAGAAGUAAAUAAAGAUCCAUGGGCUUUUCAGGAUAUAAGUUGCUAAAGCCAGACAUGAAGAAACACUGAGAAGUCCUAGCCUUUUGUCAUUUGUGUAGAGAAGUUCAGAGAGAUCAGUGUUUACGGUUAAACAAAAGUGACAUGGAGAGGAGAAAGAUCAUAGCAACCCAUAGGCACAGGGGCAGGGGGUGGAGUUAUCUGAGGGGAGAGAGACAGAAAGUCCCACCAUUUGAGAAGACAGAGGGAGACCACUAUGGUCACAGAAAUCCCAUGUAGAUGGAAUGCCUUUGAUGUGUGGCAUGUGAAGGUGAUGUCAGAUAGACCUUGUGCAUCCCGAAGGGAGCCGGUGACCAAGCCAAUGGAAGUCUGAUUCCCUGAGUGUCCAAAAUAAAGGAGGGGUUUACAGUGGGUGUUAUCUUUCUGUGAUAUCGUUAAAAAGUCGAUGAAAAUCGUGUCUCAUUUGAAAGAUGUUAGUUUUGAAAUGAGAAGCUACAGGUUUCUAACAUUAUGACUGGGGAUAUUAAAUCAUGUCAUAGUAGUAUGUCAGCACACAGCUCUGUGUCCUUUCCAUGCUUAUAACAAUAAAAUAUCUAGUGAGAUCUCGUGAA